UGGUCAAGGAUGAAGACAGCUGAGAGUGAGAAGCAGAAACACAAAAUCUACCAGUUUUGGAAUCUGAUGUUAGGUCCAUUUGAGGAGAGGUGAAAGGCAGAUAGAUCCAGAAACGCAUGGGGGCGGGAGAGCCAGUAGGUAAAAUAUGAGGGUAGUACAUUGAUGUAACUUGGGGGCGGUUUCUAUGGGGAAGGAGGCAAAAGUAGGUAUACUUGAGUAACACACAAAAUGCUAGUUUAAGAUGCAGCAUCUGAACGUGGGCAGUAGCUUACUGCUGGCUCUCAAAGCAAGAAAAUCAACUAAAUACUCUUAAUAAAACUGCUUGUAUGGAAAGUUGUGGUGAACAAUCACCACAGAUAACGAAGAGGCGAGCGAAGGUGCGGCUGAUCCGAGGGUUGAGGCGUGCAGGUGUGAGACAGAGUCAAAGCAAGGCAGAUUACAGGAGAAGAUGAAGUUGGAGACGUAGCUGGAGCGAGCGACGUGGAGAAAAGCUGGAGCGCAGCUGUUUCGGAGCCCAUUCACCUAAACCAGGAACGAGGCAGAAUUCGAGUGGCGAUCGGUGCUUGGGCAAUUUAACCGCUGGGGCAGAUGGACUGAAAAGACAAGGUGUCAGGACCGGAGGCAAGGGUUGAGCUGGUUUUGCUCCGUGACGUUCUGCUUUGCUCUUGGUGCUGAGGCUGUCGUGCCCGAUCUGCUCCGGGCUUGGUGUCUGCGAGCUUUGUGGCAAUUUGCUUCUGUUUGAUGGACUGAGAUUAUGGGCCUACUCGAGCUGUUCCUGGCUUCGGUUUUAUGGUCUUAAUUUUGUUCUGAAUGCUGACGCUUGCUUAAUUGUUCCUUUUUCUGAGUUGGGUGUUGGUCUUUUUUUAAAAAUCACAUUCUUUGGGUUUCUUGUUUUGUGGCUGCCUGUAAGCUGGUGAAUCUAAGGUUGUAUAAUUUAUAUGUUGAUAAUAAAAUAUACUUUGAACUCAGCAGGUCAGGCAGCAUCUUUGGAGGGAAAUGAGCAGUUAACUGUUUGGGCAGAGACCUUUAAUCAGUGCUGGGUGAAGGGCUACAUUAGAAACUGUAACCUAGUUUCAAAGAAUUAUCCCACAUGAAGCUGGAAGGGAUUGUCUACAUGUAUGAACUGAAACGCAAAUGACUGUGUCUUUACAGGAUUUCAAGUGAAUGUGUUGCGUAUGCCUGUCUAUUGUAAUUUGUAAUAAUUGAUUAGAGCUCUAAAUUAGAUUAGAUUCAACUUUAUUGUCAUUGUGUCGAGUACAGAUGCAAAGCCAAUGAAACACAAUUAGCAUCUAACCAGAAGUGCAGAAGGAUAGUGUUAUUUACAAAAUAACUGUGAAUAAAAAGUAAGUGCUACAGCAUACAAAUAUAAAAGUACUGAGACAGUCCAAUAUGGGUGCAAUACUGCUUAGUGCUGUGACGUGAGGUUCAGCAGGAUCACAGCCUCAGGGAAGAAGCUUUUCCUGUGCCUGCUGGUGGAGGCUCCUGUAGCACCUACCAGAUGGGAGGAGAGUAAAAAGUCCAUGGUUAGGGUGAGAUGCAUCCUUGAUAAUGCUUUUCGCCCUGCCCUGGCAGCGUUUAUGGUAGAUGUUCUCAAUGGUGGGCAAUUGGGUGCUGAUAAUCCGCUGGGCAGUUUUCACCACACACUGGAAUGCUUUGCAGUCCGACACGGGACAAUUGCCAUACCACACUGUGAUGCAGUUGGUGAGUAUGCUCUCAAUGGUACAGCGGUAAAAGUCAGUCAGUAUCCUGGGUCAGAGGUGAGCUUUCUUGAUGCUCCGCAGGAAAUAAAGGCACUGUUGCGCCUUUUUGAUCAGGAUGGAGGAGUUCAGGGACCAGGCAAGAUCCUCGGAAAUGUGGACACCAAGGAAUUUGAAGCUUGAUACACGCUCCACUACAGCUCCGUUGAUGUAAAUCUGAGAUGCAUUACUAAUCUUUAUAAUUGAAACUACUUUCACUACAGGGGUGACAAAUUCCACCAUUUGGAAGUCGGUGGUCAGGCUAUUUUCAGGACUGGAACAAAAGUAAAUAUGGUGAAUUCUGCUUAAUUGGGCUACCAGUUAUUCAGGGUAACCACUCUUAAAGAACAAAAACUAAUUGAGAAAAUGGCCAGGAUUCCCUUCACUUAUUUGGGACACCAUACUGCUUCAUUGGAACGGGAGAGAGUUGCUGAACAGUUCCUAACUAACGUCAGUCAUGUGCACUUGUGUGACAGUUGGGACACUACACUAUACUUGGAGCAGACAGUUUUUCAAUUGUGACAGUUGCAUGUGUUAGUUCAAAAAAGCAGAAAUUUUGGCAAGAUAUAAGCGGUAAGACAAUUCAGAACUGCUUUGCUCACUAGUUUUGGGCACUGAGGCUUGGAGAUGCCAUGAAUGGGGGGGGGGAGUGAAAAUGAAACUAUUUCACAAGUUAGGAACUUCAAAUAAUUUUAAGAUAAUAACAAUCAUCUUGAAUGUAGCAAUGAAAAUUGAGAUUUGGAGGGGGCAGUUGGCAAAAGCAUUGUAUGAAGGUAUCUUCACUAGGUAUCUGCGCUGAUUUUGUUCAUUUGCAGUCAGUCAAAAGAAAAUGGUGGCAACAGUUCCUCUGUUAUCGAAUAGGAACCAAUACGUAGUUUUAUAGUACUGCAGAGGUAUUGAUGGUGGUCUAGUUUGUUCUGUACAUCACUUAAAUACAUAAAUUGUUACUUAUUUAAAGCUGCUCGGAAAUAUACCAGAGCCAUGUAUUUUUAGCUGGUCGUUCCGAAUGUGUAUCCUGUAGAAGUAGGUUGACAGUCGUGAUGUACUAUCCACAAGUUGGGAAGGGGAUUGAAUCCUGCUGUGCUUUGGUAUUGUAGUUACUGAUCUUAUUUGCUUUAUACAUUGCCCCUAUUCAUGCAUUUGCAAAUAUAUGUACGCUUCUAAGUUGAACACUUUGGAUCUAAAUUAGUACUUUUAAAUGUUUUUUUUAUCUGUCAGAUGAGAUCUUGAUGGACAGAAAGCCAAGAUUAUUCCUAAACUUCAACCUGCUCCACUUUGAAUUGAUGAGCUUUUUUCUGUGCAACAGCUGAAUGUAUUUUUCUGAUAAUUUUCUCCUUUAACCUUCAAGGAUGGGUGAGAUGUUCUCGAAUAACGAUGAAGCUGUGAUAAACAAGAAACUCCCAAAGGAACUGUUACUCCGGAUAUUCUCCUUUCUGGAUGUAGUCACCUUGUGUCGCUCUGCUCAAGUCUCCAGGUAUUGGAAUGUCCUGGCACUGGAUGGUAGUAACUGGCAACGGAUCGACCUGUUUGACUUCCAAAGAGAUAUAGAGGGCCGAGUAGUAGAGAAUAUUUCCAAAAGAUGUGGCGGCUUUUUACGGAAGCUUAGUUUGCGAGGAUGCCUUGGAGUGGGAGACAACUCUUUAAGAACCUUUGCUCAGAAUUGCAGGAAUAUCGAACAGUUAAAUCUGAAUGGAUGCACAAAAAUCACAGAUGCAACCUGUACUAGUCUCAGUAAAUUUUGUUCCAAGCUAAGAAGUUUAGACUUGGCUUCAUGCACAUCUAUCACAAAUCUUUCUUUGAAGGCUCUGAGUGAGGGAUGUCCACUUCUAGAACAGCUGAAUAUAUCCUGGUGUGAUCAGGUGACGAAGGACGGAAUUCAAGCCCUGGUGAGAGGCUGCGGUGGUCUGAAGGCUCUGUUUCUUAAAGGAUGUACACAGCUUGAAGAUGAAGCUUUGAAAUAUAUUGGUGCUCACUGUCCUGAGUUGGUCACCCUGAACCUACAGACUUGCUCUCAGAUCACAGAUGAGGGGUUGAUAACGAUUUGCAGAGGAUGUCAUAAACUGCAGUCACUCUGUGUCUCUGGUUGCAGUAACAUCACUGAUGCUAUUUUGAAUGCAUUGGGACAGAACUGCAUUCGACUUAGAAUAUUAGAGAUUGCUAGAUGUUCACAGUUAACUGAUGUGGGAUUUACCACAUUAGCCCGGAAUUGCCAUGAGCUUGAGAAGAUGGACCUGGAAGAAUGUGUUCAGAUUACAGACAAUACUCUAAUUCAGCUUUCUAUUUACUGUCCACGGCUCCAAGUGCUGGUGAGUAGGAACAGAACAAGUAUUCACUGUGCCAAGUCUGGUCGCUGAUGAGGUUGUGGCUCCAUACGUCCACAAGUGUUCAAUAACCCUUAAUAUCCUUACUUAACAGACAGCUUUGUCUCUGUUUUGGAACUUUUGAAUUUAAUCCAGGAUUCAUGGUUUUAGCAAAAUGGCAAGUUCCAGGUUUCUAUUAAUCCUGAACGAAAACAUUUCUGACAUCACUCCUAAUGAGCCU